AUGAAUUUCGCCAAUGCCGGUGCAGCGCCUCUCAAGCCGGUGAUCAGCAACACCGGCUUUCGGGGCAAAUGCCUCGUAGAUGCGAGACCUGGGCAUUUCCCUCGUCGAGGUCGAGGCAGGAGCCCAAGUUGCUUCGUGCCGCUUGCGCUGGCUGCGACUAGCCCGGUGCCCUUUGCGCACCACCACGGCCAUGGGAAGCGCCACAGGCGUUACAGACAUCACGGACCUCUCACGGCAGUACCCUCCCAGUCCUUCGAGGACUUCGGCGUGGAGGAAGCGUCGGCUUCGGAAGUGGCUGAGUGGGAGGCUGAGAAGGCCAUCGAAGCGGCCGAGGAAGCCCAGGAGCGGGCGACCGACCCGGAGGGCCCUGGUGAACUGGACCUGGCGCGGUUACGCAUCUGGGCAAGAUCGAACAAGUUGUGCAAGGUUCAUCCUGCAAUCGUCGUCCAGAAUUCGCGGCUUGUCGUCUCAGCGAAGAUCGAGAAGGACAGCCCGCUGGUAGGGCUGAUGCCCGAAGCACUUCUGUCUGUGGGGGAAGUCAGUGAGGAUGCGGACAAAGUCGAUGCUGCACUCGCGCUCGCCUGGCGCAUGCUGGUCGAGAGAGGGCUGGUAAAGCGCACGAAAUUGGAGGCCGGACCUUGGCCCCCGCAGUAUUUGAUGGCUCUGCCGCGGCAACCUGCUCAACCGGUUCUGUGGCUCCAAAAUCAUGUGGCUGAGCUGCAGGAUGCAGAGGUAGAAAAGGAAGUGGAGACUCUCUCCGCGCGUGUGCAUACAUGGCUCAGUCGCCGAUGCGAGAGAAACGAAAUCGACCCCGAGAAGCUUCGCAAGCAGUUCUUUCAGUGCUUUGCUGCAGCCCUGGGUCGUGCUACUUUCGUGGAUGGCAAGUGGGUCCUUGUGCCUCUGGUUGACUCCCUGGACGUGCCUGGAAUUUCUGCAGAUGCAAAUCGGCCAGUGCAAGCAAACUGUCGCCUGGAAUUGGAAGACAUUGGAGAAGGUCGCCAGCUGCUGAUGCUGGUUACCACCCGCACCAUCGAGGAAGGGGAGUUGUUGGUACGUGAGGUGUCUGCAAAGGCCUCCCAAAUGCUUCUGGAGUACGGAACCGUUGUCGAGGAUCUCGGCGCGGAGACGGAAAUCUCUGUCAAGGCUUAUCUGACCGAGUCUGCUGGACCUCGGGCAACCGCAGUUCAGAGGACAGUGAAAGGUGCGAUGCCAGGACGCUUGUUUGGCGAUGUCAUCGUCAAAGGGCUGGUGAGGCCUUUUGCUCGCUUUGAGGGUGAAGGGGGUACACGCAUGGAUGACCUUGCUGCAGCAAUUGGAACUACCUUCCUCAAGACGUCGCUGGUGCUUUCAGUGGCCAAAUUGGAGGAAGUUGAGGCAUUGGAAGACGAACAAGUCGGCGACAGGUUUGUCGCCUUGGUUGGCGAAGAGAAGCGCGCCUGCCUUCAAGCUCUUCUGGGGCUGCUGCAGAGCUGCCUCGGAGAGUUCCAAACGACGGUGGCGGAGGAUGAGAGGCUCCAGACCUCAGCGAAGGGCUGCCGGCUCUUGGCUGUGGCGUUUCGCCGACAGCGCAAGCAAGCACUGAGGCAGCUGGUUGAAGAAGUGAAAGAAGCGGCGGAUAAAGCUCAGGACUCGUCUGGACUGCCAUUCGCCGUGAUGGGCAAAAGGUGA